AUGGUGAUCGCCGUCCAGAUUCUGCUGAGCGGCUUCCUGCUGGUGUCAGCAUUAGGAAUGGUGCCUCCUCCAGAAAAUGUGAGAAUGAAUUCUGUUAAUUUCAAGAACAUCCUACAGUGGGAGUCCCCUGCUUUUCCCAAAGGGAAUCUGACUUACACAGCUCAGUUCCUAAGUUAUAACAACUUUCAAGAUAAAUGCAACAGCACUACCUUGACAGAAUGUGAUUUUUCAAGUAUUUCCAAGUAUGGAGACCACACCUUGAGAGUCAGAUCUGAGUAUGCAAAUGAGCAUUCUGACUGGGUAGUUAUCACCUUUUGCCCUGUGGAUGACACCCUUAUUGGACCUCCUGAAGUGAAAGUCGAAGUGGUUGCUGAUUCAUUACAUUUACGUUUCUUAGCCCCUAAAGUUGUGGGUGAACCUGAAACAUGGACCAUGAGGAAUAUAUAUCCCUCAUGGGUUUAUAAUGUCCAGUAUUGGAAAAAUGGUACAGAAAAGGAGCUUCCAGUUCCUGUUAAAUUUGAUGCUUUUACUCUCCAAAAUCUGGAGCCUCAGACGAUUUACUGUGUUCGAGCACAAGGAUUUCUUGCUGAUCGGGGGAAAGGUGGAGAAUGGAGUCAGCCUGUCUGUGAGGAAACAACCCAGGAUGAAACUAUCUCCGCCUGGAUUAUUGCUGUUAUCCUCAUAGCCUCAGUUCUCGUGGUCUCCCUCCUGCUCGUCGGCUGCUUUGUCUUGAUGUGUUACAUUUACAAGAAGACAAAGUACACCUUUGCCCCUGGGAAUUCUCUUCCACAGCACCUGAAAGAGUUUUUGAACUCACCACAUCACAGCACCCAGUUGUUUUACUCCCUCCCACCCUCUGAUGAGAAUGAAGUGUUUGACAAACUAAGUGUCAUUACAGAAGACUUAGAGAACAGCCAACAGAGUGCUGGCCACAGCGGUAGCCUCAGGAGCUCAUCUGAGCGGGGAUUCCUAGAGCCCGUCUCUGAGAAGAAGACACAGUGCAGUGGGCACAGCCAGCUCCUGGUUUGCUCAUCUGCCUCUGAGGACAACCAGAGCCCCACCGAGCCGAGGCCCCCUGAGCAAACCCCAACUCUAGAACCCAUGAACACUGGACUUAUCUAG